AUGUCUGAGUUCGAGCGCAACGAGUACCGGAGGUUGGUCCAACAUAUGGUCCGCAUGAACAAGGAGUUGGUUGCGCCGUUCAUGAAGCCUGUCCCUAAAUGGGUACCUGGUUACUACGAGAUGAUUACUGUUCCAGUCGAUAUAUCGAUGAUACUCAAUCGUCUUGACUCGUGGUUUUAUGCCUCUCGAGCUGACUUCGAGGCUGAUAUGAGGCAGAUGUUCAUCAACGCCUACACCUUCAACCAGCCUGGUUCCCUCGAGUACGAAUACGCCCUCGAGCUUCACUCUAUCUUCAACACUAUGAUGUCGACGGCUCUUGACAAGGUGUUGCGGCAACUAGCCGAGGAGCACGAGAAAGAAGUGCAUUCCACUGUGAGUAGCGGUCGGAAACGUAAGCGACGAUCAACGUGA